UUGGGGUUUAAUCAUCGAUUAAAUAAACGGGCUAAGUCCCUCACUAUUAUUGUGGGGUAUAAUGAGAGAAUGAUGGAGAUACCGAGCAGCCUUGGUUCAGAGGGAAAGAUGUUUCAUGUUGAGGAUCUUUAGGAGAAUGGAUGAAGUUUGAGAGGAUGAGGCUCAAAGCAUUUUCAAAAACUUCUUACAAAACUUCCUCUCGUCUUCCAGUUCUGACAAAGGUCACCGCAGUGAAGAUUGCUGUUUUUAUUUUCUGCACAAUUGCUGCCUGGUCUGUACCAUUUCUCCACAUUUUCUGCUCUCAUUAAACAGAAGGAAGCCCCGAACAUCCAGAGAAAAGGGGCUUUGCACCAGGAGCUUGGUUUGUCCAGCUGAUCUUACGCAGCGAUUUAAUGCACGUGUGAAUAUCGGCCGCUAAAAAAUACAAGCAAAAUAAUACGGAUGAUUGAAAUCCAAAUCUUGGCAAGAUCGGUGUUGAGAGAAAUUAAGAUAAUUUGCCAUCAGAAUGAACGACAGUGAUGACGAUGACGAUAUUCGGUUGUCAGCUCAUGCUUUGGCUGCCCUGCAGGAGUUCCAACUGGACCAGCAGAAGAAGGAAUAUGCAGGGCUCAAUAAUUAUUUUACUGAGUCUGUAGAAGAAGACUGGCAAUUAAGCCAGUUUUGGUACAAUGAUGAAACUGCUCUACAGCUAGCCCAGGAAGCGAUUGAAGCAUCAGGAAAUAAUGGCAGAAUAGCUUGCAUCAGUACCCCAAGUAUAUAUCAGAAACUGAAGCAGCUUUGGAACGGAGAAUUCUCUGCUAUUCUUUUGGAGUAUGACAGACGAUUUUCAGUUUAUGGAAAUGAGUUUGUUUUCUAUGACUACAACUACCCUAUGAAUUUACAUGAAGAUCUCCAACCUCAUAGUUUUGACAUAGUGAUUGUUGAUCCACCAUACCUUUCAGAAGAGUGUCUCAGCAAAAUAACACUAACAGUCAAAUAUUUAACAAAAGGGAAGAUUCUUCUUUGUACUGGUGCAGUCAUGGAAGACUUAGCAGCAAAGUUGCUUUCUGUGAAAAUGUGCAAAUUUCUCCCAAAACACAAUCGGAAUUUAGCAAAUGAAUUCCGUUGUUACACCAAUUAUGAAUCCAAAUUAGAUUUGGAUUCUCUGUUAAAUAUUUAAAAAGGAACGGUUAUUAAUUAUGUAUCAUUUAUAUUAAUUGGAAAGAUUUUGAUUAAUAAGAAUUGUCACUGAAGUUAUGUUCAAAAUAUCAAUGCAUCGCAGGGACUUGUGACAAUGUAUUGCCUACUAAGCUAUUUCACUAGCCAGAGUUGUGAUGCCAUUAGCAAUUUAUACUACAAAUUCAUACAUA